AUGAAACACUUGGGAAGACAAUGGAAAGUGUACAAUGUGACGAAAAUUCAUGAUCUGUAUCAGUGUCACAUUGCAAUACUUUUACAAUAUUUCAUUAUGCCAUCAUUCAGAAAUGAAGUAAAAGAAGAAUAUCCAAAAUGCUUUAUUGUUGGAGUAGAUAACGUUGGUUCAAAACAGAUGCAAGAAAUUCGACACGCGAUGCGAGGUUUGAAAUUUUUAUUCAAUCGUGAUUUAGAUGAAUGUAAACUGAUAUUCUUGGAAAUUCUUGAAAUAGCAAAUGGAUAUUUAGGCCAUGCUGAGAUACUUAUGGGCAAAAAUACAAUGAUCCGAAAAGCUAUUCGCGGUCAUUUAAGUUCUAAUCCUGAUCUGGAAAAGCUCAUGCCACAUAUUGUGGGCAAUGUUGGUUUUGUAUUCACCAAGGAAGAUCUGAGUGAUAUACGAAAUAAAUUGUUGGAAAAUAGACGGGCAAGUUGUGUUGGUGCGCCUGCCAAAGCAGGAGCCAUUGCUCCUUGCGAUGUCAAAUUGCCUCCACAAAAUACAGGAAUGGGUCCUGAAAAAACAUCGUUUUUCCAAGCUCUUCAAAUUCCUACAAAAAUUUCUCGUGGCACUAUUGAAAUUCUUAAUGAAGUGCAUUUGAUUAAAGUUGGUGAAAAAGUUGGAGCAUCUGAAGCGGCUUUAUUGAAUAUGCUAAAUAUACAACCGUUCACUUAUGGUCUUGUUGUUCAGCAAGAGAAAUUUAUUAGUAUUAUUAAGGUUUAUGAAAAUGGAAUGGUUUUUUCUCCAAAUGUAUUAGAUGUUACCGCAGAAGAUAUCCGUAGUCGUUUCCUUGAAGGAGUACGUAAUGUGGUUGCUGUAUCACUUUCGAUCGGUCAUCCAACAAUGUGUUCUAUUUCACAUUCGAUCGUCAAUGGUCUUAAAAAUCUAUUGGCAAUUGCCGUUGAAACCGACAUUGAUUUCAAAGAGGCUCAUAUGAUCAAAGAAUAUCUGGCGAAUCCAUCGAAGUUUCCGGUAUCUUCAGCCACUUCAGCUCCAGCUUCAAGUGCGGCUUAA